UUUGCAGCGUGCUACAACUGUGGCAGGGGCGGCCACAUCUCCAGAGACUGCAAAGAGCCCAAGAAGGAGCGCGAGCAGGUCUGCUAUAACUGCGGCAAGGCCGGACACAUGGCCCGCGACUGCGACCACGCUAACGAGCAGAAGUGCUACUCCUGCGGUGGCUUCGGACACAUCCAGAAGGGCUGCGAGAAGGUCAAGUGCUACAGGUGCGGGGAGAUCGGACACGUCGCCGUUCAGUGCAGCAAGGCCAGCGAAGUCAACUGCUACAACUGCGGGAAGUCCGGCCACGUGGCCAAGGAGUGCAGCAUCGAGGCCACCGCUUAGCCCCGGCCCCUCCAUCGCCCCUCCUUUCUCUGAUUGAUGGCUGUAUUGUUUUCUCUGAGUCCUCUUCGCUGGCCAUCGGUUGGCUGAUCGAGGCUAUUCCCAGGCCAGUGAGCUCUUGACAUGGAGGAGGAGGAAAGGGGUGGAAGAAAACUUCCCACUUUCUGCAUUUAAUACAAAAAAUGUUUAUGUUUAGUUUGGUAGAGGUGUUAUGUAUAAUGCUUUGUUAAAGAACCCCCUUUCCGUGCCACUGGUGAGCAGAGGUGUGUUGAGUGGAAGAGCGCGUGUCGGAGAGGCCUCUGGAGGCUCGGGAGAAAAACACACAUGCUAAAAACCAACCAUACAGAGAUCAGGGAAGCGCUCGCUUCUUGCAUUGUUUGUUUUAUCGCUGAGACCGAGGUAGCCUGUGAGCGAUUGAGCUGGAAAAGCAGCACAGGACACAUACGGUUGGGUCUAUCCGGGCCAAACCAGCAGUGCGCAGCUAUGUGGAGAAAACAGCAACAGCAUAGAGUACGUCACGUGUAAUAUAGCGCAAACAACUUUAUAGCAUAUUCUGGAAGCCUUGUGUAAGAACAGUUCCAGAAAAUGAAAUCCUUUAAAACAUGGGCUGUUUGGUCAGCCGUGACGUCGCAAACCUAUGACCCCAGGAGAUAACAGAUGGAUGGAGUGUAGGACGCUCCACCCAAGCUGAAAACUUCAAUAGAAAAAGGUAGUAAAACAGAUUUGGAGUUAGAAGAAAGGUGAACGUUUUCACAGAAAUCAAAAUGUUAUUUUUGUACAAUAUCACUUAGACUACUCUAAAAAUAAUAAUAAUGAUGAUAAUAAAAAAACUUUCAUUUGCUUGUACUCAGUUUUUAAGUCUGAAGGUGAAUGCAACUGAAGGUGUAGGACAUAGAAAUGUAAUUUUAAACUCAAUAAAUCUGGAGGAAGGGGUGUGAA